ACAGUGUUGGCAAUGCUGUCAAGCGGGUAGCAAGAACGAACCAUCACACGACACGAAAAGACACAACACGACUCGACUUAACUCAACUCGACUCGAGCAAUAAUCAAAUAAAAAGUGUCCGUGUUCUCAGUGCGCGCUUCUUAGUAAACUCACAUGCUUAGUGAUAAUAUAUAUAUAUACAUACAUCUAAUAUCCUCAUGCUGAACUCCAAUAAACAAUUUGCUCCACUCUGAAAAUUACAUUGUUUUCCGUCAGCUGUCAGUGUCGACUUCUACUUCUCAAUUUCGGCAUUUAGUUCUCGGUGUGUGCGUAGGUGUGCGCUUGUGUGUGUGUGUGUACGCGCUGCUUGCAAAGCGUGUUGUAUUCCUUUUUUUUAGUGUGUGUUUGGUGUGAAUGCAAAAUUCACACCAAAAUGAAUUUGUAACAAAUAUACAAAGUACAUAUAUAUAUAUGUAUAUAACUGACAUUAACGACACAAAAAAAAAACAGCAAAAAAUGAGAAAACACUAACAGCAAAAAGAACUAAAUAAAAACCAGUCAAAGCAAAACCAACAAAAACCAUUGAAACGAAAAGUUCGAAGUUUAACCCAAAAACACAUCAAAAGACACCAAAUAAACCCAAAAACGGAGCAAGCUACGCUCUAAAUAGAAAUUAACAUUACUUUCUGUUCUAAAAUACACAAAACAACAAAUAAAUAAAGAAGGCAGAGGCAAAAGGAAAAACAAACCAGAAGACAACAAAACGAUUAUUCGACGGCAGCAUUAUGGACAUAAUCAAUAAAUUCAGCGAUGCAUUUUGGAGCACGCACAUUUGGCUGCCGCCAAAUACAACAUGGGAGGAUAUUGCGCCCGGCUCGCGUCCAGAUGUUGUUCACGCCAAUUAUCGGGAUCUGAUUUGGCCAGUGCCGUUAGCCGCUGUCGUUAUGCUGGUGCGUUACACACUGGAACGCUUUUGGAUAUCACCCGUUGGCAAAUCGUUGGGCAUACGAAGCUCUAGACCUAAGAAAGCGGCAAAUGUUCCUAUUUUAGAGACGGCAUAUGCCAAGUCAACUCGAUUGGACCACAAGUGGCUGGCACCGCUGUCCAAACAGGCAGAUAUGACCGAGCGACAGAUCGAGCGGUGGUGGCGUCUGCGUCGUGCCCAGGACAAGCCAUCGACACUGGUGAAGUUCUGCGAGAAUACAUGGCGAUGCAUCUAUUAUCUGUACAGCUUUAUAUUCGGUGUGAUUGUGCUGUGGGACAAGCCCUGGUUCUGGGAUGUCAAGAGCUGCUGGUAUGGCUAUCCCCAUCAGUCGGUGAGCAAUGAUAUAUGGUGGUAUUAUAUGAUAUCGAUGUCCUUCUACUGGUCGCUGACCGCAACGCAAUUCUUUGAUGUGAAACGCAAGGAUUUCUGGCAAAUGUUUAUACACCAUAUGGUCACACUGUUGCUAAUGUCCCUCAGCUGGGUGUGCAAUCUGCAUCGCGUUGGCUCCCUGGUGCUCGUCGUCCACGAUUGCGCCGACAUCUUUUUGGAGGCAGCUAAACUGACCAAAUAUGCCAACUAUCAGAAGCUCUGCGAUGCGAUAUUUGCCAUCUUCACCGUCGUCUGGAUUGUGACACGCCUCGGCUUCUAUCCGCGCAUCAUUUACAGCUCAUCUGUGGAGGCACCUCGCAUUUUGCCAAUGUUCCCAGCCUAUUACAUAUUCAACUCGCUGCUGUUGAUGCUGCUCGUGCUGCACGUUAUCUGGACCUAUAUGAUUCUUAAGAUUGUUGUCGACUCAUUGCAAAAGGGUCUGAUGUCCGGUGACAUACGCUCCAGUGAUAGUGAGGAUCUCACAGACAGUUCGGGGAAUGUGCGCGUGGCGAACGGAUCAACGCGCUCCAAGACAAAAUCGGGCAACGGGCCAACAGCGACUUCUGCUUCGGCUGCGGGUGGUGCUGCUGCUAGUGGCGUUACCCAGCGCAAGGGAAUCAGCAGCAAUGCGAACAAUCACAAGGCUGAGGCGGCAACAACGACAGAAGCAUCAAAGUAAACUGUUGUGCAGCUGUUGACUGGAUUGGUAGAGGUGGCUUCAAAGCAACAGGAUUAACAACAAUCAACAGCAAAAGCAAAACAGAAAACAAAAAAAAAAAAAAAAAACAACAAA